GUUUAAACUGUCUAACGUGCUAUAAAUGAGGAGAAUUGGUUACCAUCUGUGUUUGUUUUAUUGCAGGUCUCUCAUUACCUGUGCCCAGAACACUUGAUUAGAUUCCAUGGCGAGUACAAAUAACGUGACCGAGUUAAUUAUCGUCGGUCUUUUCCAGGAUCGAGAGGUGCAGAGAGGGUGCUUUGUUGUGUUUCUUCUGGUGUACCUGGCCACAGUGGUGGGCAAUGGUCUCAUUGUUCUGACAGUCAAUGUCAGUAAGAGUCUGCGUUCCCCCAUGUACUUCUUCCUUAGCUACUUGUCCCUGGUGGAGAUCACUUACUCCUCCACUGUUGUCCCUAAAUUCAUCACAGACUUACUUGCCAAGAUUAAAACCAUCUCUCUGGAGGGCUGUGUGGCUCAGAUAUUCUUCUUCCACUUCUUUGGAGUUACUGAGAUCUUCCUGCUGACGGUAAUGGCCUAUGACCGCUAUGUGGCCAUUUGCAAACCCCUUCACUACACAACUAUCAUGAGCCGGUCUGUGUGUCACCUUCUGGUGGCUGGAUCCUGGCUCGGGGGCUUUUUUCAUUCCAUGGUCCAGAUUAUUAUCACUCUCCAGUUGUCUUUCUGUGGUCCCAAUGUGAUUGACCACUACUUCUGUGACCUCCAUCCGUUAUUCAAGCUUUCCUGCACUGACACUUCUGUGGAGGGGGUUAUUGUGUUGGCCAACAGUGGAUUAUUUUCUAUCUUCUCCUUCCUCCUCCUGGUGUCCUCCUAUAUUGUCAUCCUGUACCACCUGAGGAACCAUUCUGCAGAGGGGAGGCGCAAAGCCCUCUCCACCUGUGCCUCUCACAUCACAGUGGUCGUCUUGUUCUUUGGACCUGCUAUCUUCCUCUACAUGCGGCCUCCCUCUACUUUCACUGAGGACAAACUGGUGGCCGUGUUCUACACAGUUGUCACCCCCAUGCUGAACCCCAUCAUCUACACACUCAGGAAUGCAGAGGUGAAAAAUGCCAUGAGGAAGCUGUGGGGGAAGAGAAUGAAUUCAGGGAGGGACUAAAAAUGAAAACACAAAAAAAUUGUCAUGUCUAGGGGGUGACCAAAUAUGCAUUCUGGUUUCAGUCAACUCUGAGGA